CGCUUAACGAAUAAAUGAAUAUCUGUUAGGAAUAAUCGCUGAGCCAUACGGCCCAACGUGGAAGAAACACCGGAAGUUCGCCAUGAUGAGUCUACGCGACUUCGGACUUGGCAAGAGAAGCUUAGAGGGGACGAUUCUUGAAGAGGCACGAGCUCUGGGUGACGAGAUCUGUCAACAAGAUGGUGGCGCCUUUUGCAUCUCUCAGAUGAUGCAGAAUGCAGUUUCGAACGUCAUCUGUUCAAUCGUGUUCGGCUGCCGUUAUGAGUAUGACGACAAGACAUUCAAAGAACUCCUCAAGGCCAUGCAACGAGUUGUCUCUGCAAAAUUGGUAGAACAAUUGGCUCUAUGGUACCGUCCAGUUAGUAUCCUACCUGGAGUUCGCCAGCCCUGCCAAGAGCUAAAGAACAGUCUUGCUAAGCUUAUGGAUCACAUCAAGGAAAGGAUUCAGGAACAUGAGGAAACUUUCAACCCGAAUGACAUCCGAGAUUUUAUCGACGCAUUUCUUCUGGAAUCUAAACAACAAGAGACAGACGACAGUCCUACCUUUGCCGAGCAACAGCAUGCCACGAUCGUCUAUCAACUGUUCCUGGCGGGUACUGACACAACAUCUACCACCUUACGUUGGGCCCUGCUCUACAUGAUCCUCCAUCCGGACAUCCAGGAGAAAGUACAGCAGGAGAUAGACAGCGUCCUGGGACCCAACCAGGAGCCGUCAAUGGCACAUCGUAGUCAGAUGCCCUACACGGAGGCUACCCUGGCGGAAGUGCUCAGGCUUGCACCCGUUGUGCCCCUAAGUGUUAUUCACAGCACAAGCAACGACACAACAUUCCGGAGCUACAACAUCCCAAAGAACACGUCGGUGCUCGUGAACAUCUGGUCAGUGCACCAUGACCCCAAACUGUGGCCGGAGCCGGACAAGUUUGACCCCACUCGUUUCCUUGAUGACGCCGGCAAAUACGUCAAGAGAGCUGAGGUUAUAACCUUCUCCCUCGGACGUCGUGUCUGUCUUGGUGAGCAGCUGGCCAGAAUGGAGCUCUUCCUCAUCUUCACAGCUCUGCUGCAGCGCUUCAGCUUUAAGCUGCCAGAGGGCGUCACUAAGCCAUCGGAGGAAGGGAUACAUGGAGCAGUGUACCAACCCGUGCCAUUUAUGAUGACGGCUGAACCAAGGGAAUAAAAAAGCACAAGAAAACAUGGUACUUUGUACUAGACAGGUACACGCUAUAUUUCAGCUUAGAUUAACGAUUAAUGAACAAAUCCGUUAAACGUGAGUCAAGAUAUUGAAUUUAGGAAGGAUGGAUUUUGACAUUUUUGUUGUUAACUUAAUCAAUAGCCCCACGGGACUAGUAUGGCACGAAGGAGAAAUCAUGAUUAUACAUACAUUUUGUACGGUAACUUACUUGCGAAUCAGUCAGGUUUUAAUGCCGAACAGAAGAUCUUGACACAGCAUGUGACACAGUAUAAUCAUUGCAACUACUCUUAUCUAAUUUGUAAUUAGCAUAUUUGCAUAUCAAUUAGGCAAUUUAAGAGCUUAAUGACCCAUUCUUCAUGUUCUUCUUAUGCGUAGGUUUCUUUACUCCUACGUUGUAUACCAAAUAUAAUAGAAAUAGUGGUUGCCACGUGUCUUGCAAAUACAUGUAGAUAAUCUUUAUUGAUUAAGGGUUAACGUUAUUAUCAUAUAGCCUACCCAAACUUGCAAACUCCUGUAUUAGGCAUAGAUCUCUUGGUACAAUACGUGUGAAUUCUUUUGUCGAAUUUCUGAAAAUUCACAUUUGUUCUUUGGUACAUACAUUUGUAAGGAGAUUACAGAUUGCAUUUUGAAACAAAAAUUUCCACAGAAAAUAUUCGAAACAUUGCAGUCUUUGGCUUUUUAGGACAACAAAUC